CGGGCCAAGAGUCGAGGUCGGAGCAAGAGUCGGCCCCGCAGCCAGAGCCGGAGUCCUGAACGAAGCAGGGCCAAGAGUCGAGGUCGGAGUAAGAGUCGGCCCCGCAGCCGGAGUCCGGACCGAAGCCGGGCCAAGAGUCGAGGUCGGAGCAAGAGUCGGCCCCGCAGCCAGAGCUGUAGUCCCGAUCGAAACAGGACCAAGACCCGAGGUCGGAGCAAGAGUCGUGCUUUCAGCAGGUCUAGAUCCAGGUCCCGUUCUAGAGGCAGGAGUUUUAGCAAAGUAGUGAGUCGUGGCCGUAGUAAGAGUCGCAGUGUGAGCAGCAGCUCCAGCUCAAUCUCGAGCAGCCGCAGCCACAGUGGAGAUGAAAGAUACAAGAAAGGCUUUAAAGAGCUGGAGAUGGCUCGACGCCGGAAAGAGCUGGAGGAGAUACUGAGCCUGCCGACAAAAUCCAUCCUGAAGAAACGCAAUGAUUCGCCAUCGAUCCGGAAUGUAGACUCCCCCCGAGGCCUCGACGGCUCCAACGUGUCUUGUGUGGCUGACCAGCUGCUGCAGGCGGUUAAAGGCAUGGAACCUCACAUGGUAGCGUCCGUUUUGUCAGAGCUGCGGUCUGACCCACAGACGGUUCAUCGUGCUGGCUUCGAGACUGAGAUCAAAGAAAUCCUCAACCUGUUGGAGGGGGCAGGGGUCAAGACCCAGAUGAAGGCCGUGGACGACAUUGAUGAUGAGGAGAAGUUCCUGUACGGAGACUCUGAGGAGCCCAAACCUCCACCAGUGUCCGAACCGGUCCGUCACCAUGGGCUUGAUAUGUAUGGAGACGUGACGGAGGAGGCACUGUACGGAGAUUACCCCCCAACAAAAGCCACCAUCGGUCAGACCUUUGGCCCCCCCACAGGGGCCUCAUCUCACCUUCAGGCCACAUCCACCACAAAGGAGCCGGACCCAAGGAAGGCCAACCGUCCCAUUAUCAGCCUGGACCAGAACCCCACAGUCCAGGUGUCAAACCCCGCCCACCCCUCAGGUACAGAGUCACUGGAGGAGUAUGAGAAGAUCCAGGACCUGCUGAAGACCAUUGGACUCGACUUGGGUGUCACAGAGAUCAGCAAGAUGGCUGCCAGAACCAAGGAGCGUCUCCAUGGAAACAAGCCUGUGAAGACGCCCACGCGUCGCAGGCGGUACUCCUCUGACAGCUCAAACGGCAGCCAGGGCCGCAGGAGGCCGAGCAGGAGCGGCAGCUCCAGCAGCAGUAGCAGGAGCAGGAGUCGCAGCUGGGGUGGUAAACGGGGGAAGAGUUGGAGCAGCAAUGAAAGCUGCAGGAAGUCGGCUCCAAUCAAAUCUGUCAAAGACGAGACAAAGGUCGAACAGAACGUCACAGCGUCGCAGGCACACAAUCAACUUCUGCCACAAAUCCCUGACCCCCAGACCCUCCCUUCUCAUUCUGGGGUGCCCAUACCUACCUACCCCCCCCCACAGGUCCAUGGCAUGAUGCCCCCUAAUUACCCCCCACCAGGUUAUGGCCAGUACGGAAACUACCUGCCCUACAUGCACCAGCAGUGGCCGCCACUGUACCCGCCCCCUAACAUUACCCUGCCCCCCCGGACUGGAUCUGACGAGUUCCCUACUGCUCAGCCGUACCAUAAACUCACCUCUGAGCCAGGGGCCAAAGGUUUGGUGAAGACGUUAGCUCAGGACAGAGAGAAGAGCAUCUCAAAACUCAGCAGCUAUGACAGGGAAGUGUCUGAGGAGCAGAACAACGAGAGUCAGAAACAAAAGGUUCUGGAGGAGCGGGAGAAGCUGAAACAGGAGCGGGAGGUGAGGAUGAAGAAGAAGGAUUAUCUGAUGAAGGAGCUGGAGAGACUCAGAAAGCAACAGGGUGAGCUCUUGAGAAAGAAGCGCCGGGAGAAAGAAGGUCACAAAGACCCUCUGCUGCAGGAGAUCAGUCGACUGCAGGAGGAGGUCAUGACUCAGAUCUCCAACCUCCGCAAGGAGCAUGAGGCUGCCGAGAAGAAUCGUAACGAGAUCGACAAAGUAGCGCUCAUCCUUGGCCUCAGCACAGCCGACCGGCCCCGCAGGGUUAGCAAACCCACUGAAGACCAGAGCUUUCAGUCGCCAGAGAAGAAGAGACGGGAGGCUGAGAGGAGUCCAGAGGCACAACAGGCUUCCAGCAGCUCCACGUUAAAGGUAGAAACACCUGUGGAGGAAUUAACAGGAAAUAUGACUGAACAUAAAUAAUCACCACAGGUCGACAUCAGAGGUCAUUGUCACACAUCAACACAGCCCAUCACCACAUCACAUC